CAAAGUACAUGGCGGCCCAGAAAACGAAAGGAUCACUGUGCAUUUCGAGUUGAGGUCAAUCGCGACUUCUCGCGCACGGCCGAAGGCACCGAGGAGGGCCGGAACGUCGAAGAGCAACUUCAGGAGAGUUGAAGUUGCGAGCCAAACCACACGCGCGCUGAGCCUGAUCAGACGCUCUGAGACCAGGAGACACGGCGUCUAUCAGUGGGCGUGGCCUUGCUCUUCUUCUACCUUGCGAUGUAAGGGAGCGUCUUCCUACGUCACAUUUGAACAUUUGAGCUACCAACGCUGCCUACGAUCCAGGAAUGGCUUUCGGCUUUCACGAAGACGUUUACGCUAGACUCGCAUCAUCCGUCUCAUCCUGUGGAAGGAAUCGCAGAUCAAA